AUGAUCGUCGGCAAUGUGCGUGACGAGUUCCGCCCCUUCGUGCUGCCCAAUGACGAGGCCACGGUGCUGAACCUGGUGCCCCCGCACAAGAAGGCGCGGGCUGCCGAGAUCGCUGCGGCGCUGAAGCAGGGCGCGCCGACGCUGUCCGCCGCCGACCGCGCCGCCACGCUCAACGCGAUGCCGAUGCGGCAACUGGCGCUGGAGCAGGCCCGCAAGCAGCACGCGGCGGGCAAGGCCGCGGUGUACAGCUACUGGUUCACCUUCCCCACGCCGGUGCUCGACAUGGGUUGCCCGCACACGUCGGACGUGGCCUUCGCGUUCGACAACACGGCGCGUGCCGACCAGAGCACCGGCAACACGCCGGCCGCCCGGCAGGAUGUCCAGCCCGCGCAGGAUGUCGGCGAAGACGUCGUCGCGUUCGUCCUGGCCCAGCUUGAACUUGGCGCGCACGUCGAGGAUGUCGGCCUCGAAGCCGACGAUGUUGGCCGAGAGCUUCUCGUAGCGCGCGCCCAUCUCGUCGACGUGCCAGCGGCCGGGGCGGUCCUGUUCGACCUGGUCGACGAGGCCUUCGAGCAGGCGGCGUGCAUCGGCCGGCGUGUCCAGCAGCUUCACGUCGACGUUGAAGACGGCGAUGCCGUAGUUCCACGUCGGCGCCUGCGAGCGGUCGGCGAACCAUGA